GCGGCCGGCCGGACGCCAUGGCGGCGCCGUCCCCCGGCCAGCGCGGCCGCGAACAGGUGUGCCCGCGCGUCCCCCCGCCGGCGACCAGGAUGAAGGAGCCGCCCUCUCGUCGCAACAAGUACCUCCGCAGCCGCUCGCCGGUGCACGAGAUCCUCGCAGCAAAAGGUGGCAGCACCGUCGACCGGGGCGCCGAGGACAAGCGCUGGCGGAUCCAGAUGAUGAUCGAGUAUACGGCCAUCCCGGAGAACAGCGAGCACGAGCCGGAUCAGGGGCGCGCCUCAAAGGAGGAGGAGGAGUCACCCGGCUCGGGAGCGCUGUCGGGCAAGUCGGAGCAGAUGGCGCCACCGGAGCCGGGCGCGCAGGGCGGCGCCCGGCCGCGCGCCGGCACAUGGUCCCUGGGACAUUCGCGCCACCUGGCGGGUCCUCCAGGCAGUCGUCAGCGACGGAAGUCGGGGGACGACAUCGUCUCGCAGUCGACCAAGGCCGGCGCGCAGACGCCGCCGCCGGCCGCGCCGGCCGACUCGCCCAGCAAGAAGCCCACGUUCCUCGACUCGUUCCGGCCGCGCUCCAAGUCGGACGCCACGCGCUCCAUGCGCCGGCCCAACAUCAUCUCGUCUAUGAAGAACUCGCUGCAGCACUCCAUAGUGGGGAGCCCGGCUGGCGGAAAGGGCCCGCCCGUGUCCCUGCCGACGUCGCCGCAGGCGGCCGACGCGCUGGAGCCGCCCUCGGCGCGCUACCGCGCCCGCUCCGGCUCCGAGUCCUCCAAGUCUGCCGUGCGCAGCGUCAUCGACAGGAUCCGCGGCCGCUCGCAGUCUGUCGUCGAAUCCGACAAACGCAAGUUCGCGAAGAGCCAUAGUACGAUAAGCUCAGCGAACUUCAAUGCUAACCUAUACCGUCGCCAUGACGACCCUUUCCGACGCCGGUCGCUCAGCGGCGGCGACGCCAUCUCCGACCACAACCGGAUGGCCAUCCUGUUCAGGGACUCGCGAGGGUUGCCGGCCGUGGACCCGUUCAUGGAUACUCUUCACUCAACUGAUCUCAAGGAGGACGAGUCGCAGAUCUACAUCAAGUUCUUCAAGUUCCACAAGUGCUACGACCUGAUCCCCACCUCGGCCAAGCUGGUGGUCUUCGACACGCAGCUGCUGGUCAAGAAGGCGUUCUUCGCCCUUGUGUACAAUGGGGUGCGCGCGGCGCCGCUCUGGGACAGCAGGAAGCAGCAGUACGUCGGCAUGCUGACCAUCACCGACUUCAUCCGCAUCCUGCAGAUGUACUACCGCAACUCGGACGAGCGCAUCGAGGAGCUGGAGGAGCACAAGCUGGAGACCUGGAGGACUGUGCUCGAGUCGGACAGCAAGCCGCUAAUUUACAUCGCGCCGGAGGCGUCUCUGUACGAGGCCAUCACGACGCUGCUGAAGAACCGCAUCCACCGUCUACCCGUCAUCGACCCCGUCUCGGGAGACGUGCUCUACAUCAUCACCCACAAACGCAUCCUCCGCUUCCUCUGCCUAUACAUCAACAACCUGCCGCGGCCGAGCUUUACAAACCGAACGCUGGGCGAGCUGCGCAUUGGCACGUUCGACAAGAUCGAGACGGCGCGGCCCGACACGCCCGUCAUUGAGGCGCUAACAAAGUUUGUGAACCGCCGCGUCUCGGCGCUGCCCAUCGUCGACCAGGACAACAAGCUGACGCACAUCUACGCCAAAUUCGAUGUGAUCAACCUGGCCGCCGAGAAGACUUACAACAACCUGAACGUGCCGCUGAUGGCGGCCAACUCCCACCGCUCCGACACGAAGGUGGAGGCGUGCUGCCUCUCCGACACGCUGUCUGAGGUGGUGGACAAGAUCGUGCACGCCGAGGUGCACCGGCUGGUGAUAACGGAUGACCACCAGCAUGUGAUCGGCAUCAUAUCGCUGUCCGACAUCCUGGACGCUCUGGUCAUCCGGCCGCACGAGUACACGAUGAGGGUGCCUAAGAAGGGCGCGCCGGGCGGCGAGGCGGCGGGCUCCGCCGACGGUGACCUGCUGGGUGAGGACGAGAGUCACACGAUUGUCGAAGAGGAGCCCGGCGACGAGGAGGAACCGGUGGCGGCGGCCGCCGGUGUGGCGCGCCUCACACUCUCCGGGAAGAACGCUUGAGCGGCGCGUGGCGCCGCCGGCCGGCCGGCCGCCGCGCAAAACGCUGACUGCGCUGGUCGCCGCCAGGGGUGCGGCGCGCGGCCGGCGGAUGGGCGAGCAGUGCGGAGUGGUGCUGUGGAGUUACCGCGCGUGGUGCGGGGCGACAUCCCGUGUUGGACGCCGUUUUCCAGGGCUCCGGCCGAUCGACUUUGAACCCCAAUUGGCAGGCGGCGCGCCUCCGGCUUCGGUUGGGUCGCCCUCUUUCCGGCUCGAUCGUGUGCCCCCGACCCGCCCCGGCUCGCACGUGGCGCUGCUACCCGCGAGCUGACUGUGGCUGGCAAUGAAGCCGUGGUGUUCGAUAUCUGGUGGUCCGUGUGUGUGCGGCGGGCGGCUCCUCGCGCCAUCUGCGCCGAGGGUUUCGGGGGAGGCGGAUGGGUUUCUGGGCUCUGCAGACCCCGUUUGCUAGGUACCUCAUCCAAACUGGACGGCCAUGCUGUAUUCUUAGAAUGAAUAAAACGCGAAGAUGAUUUAGCGUCGGUAGCGAUGGGUUGUCACCAGUAACGUGUCAUGUUAUGAUAUGAAUAAAGUAUAUUUUGUAUUCUA